AUGGAUUCAGCGAAUAAGAUGUCAAUGGAUGGCAAUAAUGUGACCACAGAUUAUCACCAGAUGAACGGCGGAACCAACGGAUCCAAUGGUCAACCGGUGACGAAAGCUACGAACGGCCCGCUCAACAAGAUAUCCAAAGCGGCCAUCACUGGCACCGCCGAUGACGUUAACGAUUGUCUGCCGCCGUCGCCGCCGACGACUGGCAUUAAUCGCAAGAUUCACCGCAAUUAUAGCAACCAAUCGGCCUCUGAUUGCUUCAAAUUGAUCGAAAGCUGUCCGCAACAGUCCAUCGGCGACACCAAUGGCCUCGAGUCGGAUCCGUCGACGCCGGCCGACGAACACAUGGACUCGGAUUGCGACGACGCCAUCGAUAACCGCAAUACGUAUGACAACAGGCCGUCCGCAACACUCCGGAUGAACGGAGACAUCAAUGAUAAUAACGACACGUCAGACGUGGAGCUGAUGAUCGACGAGACCACUGGUCUGACCGAUAUUGAGCUCAACCUCGACCUCAACCCUCCGCAAGAGGUGGUCGACCGCAACGCUGACGUCGAGACGGAUGAGAGGUCUGCGAUGACCGCCGACGGCGACCCCCCUAUGGUUGACAUGUCGCGCGAACAUAAGACAGACAUCGCUGAGACGGACGAUAUGCUGCGGUUGUAUGUCUUUGUUAAGCGUGUGGAUGAGAUUCGCGUAAAGUUUGCCGAAGACGUGAUUGAGUUCCGUUACACAGUCGUCGGCGAUGAGAACACAUGGCAUCUCUGGCGGCGGACUCUUUACGGAACAGUAAUACCGUCUGAAUGUGAUUUCGUUGUAUCGAUUGUGAAGAUUGAAUUCAGGCUCAAGAAGAAGGAAUGUUUGCAGUUUCGUUGGAACCGUUUCGACAAAGAGGAGCCCAACGCGUGGUAUAUGUCAAAGCAUGCGAACGAUGUGAAGCCGUUAUCACCCAAAUCGGACGCAAUCCAGCAGUGGAUCAACACCAGCGCCAAUCACGUGUCCAAAGUGGCCGACGAGACCUCAUCGCACGGCAAAGAGAUCGUUCUGGUGCCUAACGAUAACAAUAACGCGGCCACCGCUCAGACCCCUCCGCGCAAAGUGCGGCCCAAAGCCGUUGGUUACACGGGUUUACAGAAUUUAGGCAACACUUGUUUUAUGAAUUCUGUCGUUCAGUGCCUUUCAAACACCGACCCCUUUCGGGACUACUUUACAUCGGGUAGUUAUGUGCCGGACAUCAAUACGAACAACCCGUUCGGCUCGGGAGGCGUUAUCUGUCGGACGUUCGCCGAUCUGAUGCGACAGCUGUGGUCGGGAACGGAGACAUCGGUGGCGCCCGUGAAGCUGAAGGAACGGAUGGGCGAAAAGUGUUCUACAUUUUCAUCGUACAUGCAACAGGACGCCCAAGAGUUCUGCGCCUUCCUCUUGGAUGUGCUCCACGAAGACCUCAACCGACGCCGCGAACGGCCCGUCAUUAAGGAUGAGAAGGACGGCGACGACGAGUCCGACGAACCCAUAGACGACCAGACGCUGGCCGACCAGUCGUGGCACACGUUUGGCCUUUUGAACGACUCGAUAGUAACGCAACAAUUUUACGGCCAAUACAAGUCCAAACUCGUGUGUCCCAUAUGUGCUAAAGUUUCGGUCACAUUUGAUCCAUUUGUCUAUCUGUCCCUUCCGUUACCGAAACCGAAAGUCGAAUAUGAGGUGUAUUUCUUCAAACGAGACGCGAACGGAAUGUCGACUUCGAGGCCAACGAAGUAUUUGCUUAAAUUGCCGAAAGACUGUGUCGUAAAGAACAUGUUGGACGAGAUCUCAACGCUUACCGGAGUCGACGCCUCAGCUUUACGAUGUCUUCAAUGCCUAAACUCGGGUUCCAUCGAGAAGUUUCUUCAGCCAAACUGGACGCUCAAUAAGCCUGAGGUCAACAAAUAUCUAUUAAUUUUUGAACUAAUGGUAGCGACGGAACCGAACGAAGAGAUAAUGGAGUACGUAGUGAUCCAGCGAUUAGCGGAACCCCCGAAGAGCGACUCCUGUGCUAAUUGUGACAAAAACAGCGGUUGGGAUAAUGUAGAGCUCAAGGCGUGCCUCACUUGCCAUCGGGUGGCCUAUUGUGAUAAAACGUGUCAACAAAACCAUUGGCCGUCGCAUAAGAAGGAUUGCGUGUAUAGGCCUGAGAUAACGGCCACGCCAUUCAUCAUAACGGUUCCCAAAUCGCAGCUCACGUACCGACAGCUGUGGACAAUCAUCUACUCGUACGCCAGGCAUUCGAUGCAAUUGUCGGAGCCGUUGAAUCUGAAUGAGUUCCCGACUCCGCCGCCAUUCAAACUGAAGUUCUAUCAGAAUUGGAACAAAGAGGACACCGAAAACACCAUCGAACCCACCGAUGAUGACGGUUACGACACGCACCUCACGCUAAACCACUAUCACAUUGCCAUGGAUUGGACUAAUUCUCGCAAAUUCGGCGAUAAUUGGGCGAAAGUGGAGCCACUGAUGGGUCUCUGCGCUAUCACUGAUCACAAGCACACCAAUAGUCACACUAAAGAAGUGGUAGAUUUGACCGACUGUCUGCGGCUUCACACACAGCCCGAGAAACUUACUUCAGAUAAUCCAUGGUAUUGUCCGAAGUGUAAAGAGAGCCAACAGGCGACCAAACAGAUCACUUUAUGGCGUUUACCGCAAAUACUGGUGAUUCAGUUGAAACGAUUCAGUUUUCGGAACAUUCUC